ACAGUCUCAGACCACUCUUUUGGAUGACUUCAACACCACAAUCGCACCUCUCCAUACCCCCAUUGCGCUUCGCGAUCGCCUCAUAACACGCCGCCAAAGUAACUACGAUCUCCCGAAUGCCCCCAAAAGUCCAAUUGAUGCUGACCAGUGCUCCGUAGAUGUUCGCCCGUGCUGCCGCCCGCGCGGUCCCCAAGACCCCUUCCACGGUCGCCCGCCGCGGCUUCCAGACCACUCGCGCCCAGAUGUCCUCGCCCUACCACUACCCCGAGGGUCCCUACACCAACAUCCCCUUCAACCCCAAGAGCAAGUUCUUCGGUCUUGGAUUCUGGACCUACUCCUUCGUCGGAUUCUUCGCCCCCUUCGGCAUUGCUGUCUGGCAAACCAAGAAGCCCAAGGUUUAAGGAAACUCUUUGCACAAUUUUUCCUUGAGUCGAUCGCCAUUGUAGAGCAUGGAUUGGGUUGAGACGGAGGACGACUGUGUACACAAGCCGAAAUAGAGACUUUUCGUCCUCAAUGGAUCAGCAGGAAAACCGAAUGACGAUCUGUCCGUCGCGGUAUUCUAUGUGAUGAAUGUGAAUCACGGACCUUGGAGUCACACCAGACUACAGAGUGUGCCCACGCUGGAGUACGCAUCAGAGGUUGAAUGGGGAUAGAAGUCACAUUUCUCUACUCAAGUGGCAGUUGGCUCCAUUGUGUAGUGUAAGCAACUGGACGGUCUUAAAGACUAAGGGGUCACAAACAGAGUUCGCCUCAGUAGGCUCCAUCUCUUGUCGAUUAUUCUGGUGCUCAUACUGGGAACGUAUGCGAAUUGAAACUCAGAGCUUACCGAUUUGGCCGAAGGGGUAAUUGAUUGUUGCUCGUACAUUAUUCCACCACUCAAUCAGCUUGUGCUGGACUCCUGACACAGAGAGGUGCCUGCUGUUGCUGGUGGCCGGAGUGGAAUCGAGGGGGUAAUAAGGACUUCUUGUGUGUAUUCAAUUAAUAGAAAGGUCAUUGGAUGAAGGUCUUUUGGGUACGGCCGGUGAGGUGAGGAGGAGGGAAGGAGGGCUAACUAACGUAUCAAUCAUAACAGGACAAUGGAAUAAGCUUUCGACGAUAAGGUAUGGACAGGCA